AUGGACGAGAAAUUCAGCAAUGAAUUCAACAAUGAAUUCAGCAGGGAAUUCAGCAAGAAAUUCAACAUUGAAUACAACAAUAAAUUCAACAAUAAAUUCAACAACAAAUUCAACAAUAAAUUCAACAAUGAAUUCAACAAUGAAUUCAACAACGAAUUCAACAAUAAAUUCAACACCACAACCACUGGGUACCCACCACCCCCUUCUGGGGGUGCACCCCCCACUUCGCCUCCCCCUGACCCCCCAAACCCCCCCUCAGGUGCCCUGGACGACUUCGAGCGCAGCCGCCCCGCGCCCCCUCCUCCUCCUCCCCACCCCUCCUCCCCGCCGUGCCCCCCUUCCGCCGCCGACUCCGCCAAGGGCUCGCUGUUCUCCUCGCAGGAGAGGUUCUUCCAGGAGCUCUUCGAGGGCGAGCUGGCGGCGCAGGCGGCGGCCGAGUUCCAGGAGGCCAUGCGGGAGCUGGCCCGCCAGGAGCCCCAGCUGGUGGAGCAGUUCCAGAAGCUCUCGGAAGCUGCCGGGAAAGUCGGCAGCGACGCGGCCUCGCAGCAGGAAUUCACCUCCUGCCUCAAGGAAACGCUGAGCGGGCUGGCCAAGAACGCCAAUGACCUCCAGAAUUCCCCGGGCUCGGAGGAGGAGCUGGCCAAGGCCCUGGAGGGGCUGGGGCUGGACGAGGGCGGCGGGGACGGCGUCCUGCCCGUCAUGCGCAGCAUCAUGGAGUCCCUGCUGUCCAAGGACGUGCUCUACCCCUCCCUCAAGGAGAUCACCGAGAAGUACCCGGAGUGGCUGCGGCAGCACGAGGGCUCGCUGUCGGCGGAGCAGCGGGCGCGGUUCGGCGCGCAGCAGGCGCUGAUGCUGCGGAUCUGCGCCGAGCUGGAGCGGGAGCGGCCCGAGGAGCCCGAGGGGCAGCGCCGGGAGCGCUUCGAGACCCUGCUGGACCUGAUGCAGCAGCUGCAGGACCUGGGCCACCCCCCCAAGGAGCUGGCAGGGGACACGCCACCAGGACUGAGCCUGACGGGGGAGCAGUGCCGCCUCAUGUAGGGCACUUUUGGGGUCCCCCCCCGGAUUUGGGGUGCCCCCCCGGAUUUGGGGUGGCCCCCCGGAUUUGGGGUGCCCCCGGCCCUAAAGGAGGUGAAGAGGAGCCCAGCAGGGGGGUUGGCAUCUCCCCCACCCCAAAUUUGGGGUUUUUUGGGGGUGGGGGGCGCAGGGACCCCCCCAGAUGGGGAGGGGGGGGUCCCCCCCUCACCCCCCGGUGACCCCAAUAAAGAGUUGGUGACGGGAA